UCAGGGUUUUGUACCGGCAUGUGAGAGUGACAGUAGUUGUUUAGCUGGCACCAGCCUGUUUGUGCUUGUGUGUGUGUGAUCAUGCUUCCUUGUGCGUACGCACGCCGGCAUGAGUGAUGUGUGUGUUUGUUGAUUGUACUGGCUAGUGUGCGUACGGGAGCGUCUGGGCAAAUUUGUGGUGCCGGGUGAAGUGCCAAGUUCUUCGUGGUCACUAACGGCGCGUUGCCUGCGUUUAUGAGCGGCGUUGGCUCGUGCGGGUGCGCGGUGGUAUGUUUUAGGUGAUGUGUGAAUGAGAGUGUGUGUGUGUGUGUGUGGGUCCGUGUGAGUGUUGGGGCAAUGUACCGGCAUUCACCCUGUGCCAGAGGCAGGGUUCAUUUUGACUUCAGCGAGGAGGUCAUCAGGAGACUCCACGCCUCAAACCAUGGACAUGCUCACAGUUUUGAUGUGGAAAAUGGCCCAUCUGCCAGCUGCAGCCCCCUGGACCCCCAGGCAUCUCCUGGCUCUGGUCUGGUCCUCCACACUAACUUCCCUGGUCACAACCAGCGUCGAGAGUCCUUCCUUUACCGCUCAGACAGCGACUAUGACCUGUCACCCAAGUCCAUGUCCCGAAACUCCUCCAUCGCAUCCGAACUACAUGGCGAUGACCUGAUUGUAACACCUUUCGCUCAGGUUCUGGCGAGCCUUCGGAGUGUAAGGAACAACUUCACAGUCCUGACCAAUGUCCAAUGUGCCUCCAACAAGAGGUCUCCUGCAGCCACAACACAGCCGCCCAUCACCAGAGUUUGUCUCCCAGAUGAGGCGUACCAGAAGCUGGCCGUGGAGACGAUGGAAGAGCUGGACUGGUGUCUGGACCAGCUGGAGACCAUCCAGACCUACCGCUCUGUCAGUGACAUGGCUUCCAACAAGUUCAAGAGAAUGUUGAAUCGGGAGUUGACGCACCUAUCCGAGAUGAGUCGGUCUGGGAAUCAGGUGUCCGAAUUCAUCUCCAACACUUUCCUGGACAAACAGAACGAGGUGGAGAUCCCGUCGCCGACGUCCAAGACGCGAGAGAAGAAGAAGCAGCAGAAGCAGCAGCUGAUGACACAGAUCAGCGGGGUGAAGAAGGUUUCCCAUGGCCCCUCGCUGUCCAGCAGCUCCAUCUCGCGCUUCGGUGUCAAGACGGACAAGGAGGAAUUUCUUUCCAAGGAGCUGGAUGAUCUCAACAAGUGGGGCCUGAACAUUUUCACCGUCUCGGAGUACUCAAACAACCGGCCUCUCACCUGCAUCAUGUACGCCAUCUUCCAGGAGCGAGACCUGUUGAAAACAUUUAAGAUCCCUGUGGAUACAUUUGUUGCCUACAUGAUGACUCUGGAGGACCACUACCAUUCAGAUGUGGCCUACCACAACAGCCUGCAUGCUGCUGAUGUCGCCCAGUCCACCCACAUCCUACUCUCCACCCCAGCAUUGGAUGCGGUCUUCACAGAUCUUGAGAUCCUAGCAGCCAUCUUUGCUGCUGCUAUACAUGAUGUUGAUCACCCAGGAGUAUCGAACCAAUUCCUAAUCAAUACCAACUCUGAGCUGGCGCUGAUGUACAACGAUGAGUCUGUUUUGGAGAACCAUCACCUGGCGGUUGGCUUCAAGCUCCUGCAGGAAGACAACUGUGACAUCUUCCAGAACCUCACCAAGAAACAACGCCAGUCGCUGCGCAAGAUGGUCAUUGACAUGGUGUUGGCCACUGACAUGUCCAAACAUAUGAGUCUGCUGGCUGAUCUGAAGACAAUGGUUGAGACCAAAAAGGUGACCAGCUCCGGAGUGCUACUGCUGGACAACUACACAGAUAGGAUACAGGUGCUGCGUAACAUGGUGCACUGCGCUGAUCUUAGCAACCCCACCAAGUCCUUGGAGCUGUAUCGGCAGUGGACAGACAGGAUAAUGGAGGAGUUCUUCCACCAGGGAGACAGAGAGCGGGAGAGGGGGAUGGAGAUCAGUCCCAUGUGUGACAAACACACAGCCUCUGUGGAGAAGAGCCAGGUGGGUUUCAUUGACUAUAUUGUCCACCCACUGUGGGAAACUUGGGCCGACCUGGUCCACCCCGAUGCCCAGGACAUUCUGGACACGUUGGAGGACAAUAGGAACUGGUACCAGAGUAUGAUCCCCCAGAGCCCUUCUCCUCCCUUCUAUGACAAAGACACAGAUGGACUCGGAGGAGGUGCGGGGGGGCAGGGAGGUGGGGAGAAGUUUCAGUUUGAGCUGACCUUGGAGGAGGAGGAGGACUCAGAUGGAAUAGAGAAAGACGGGGAGGAUGAAGGCGAAGAUGAGGAGGAAGAUAGUUUAGCGGAGUCCUCUCGCUCCCCUCCGCUGGACUAUUCAGACAGUCAGGAGCACGAGGAGCCCAUAAUGGAGCCCACAACAGCUAUAGAGAUUGUCACGCACGAAGCAUCACCCACAGAUACAUAGGGCUUCCACCGGUAAGUUUGCAUGGUGGUUCAAAAGUUUUAAUGAAAGAGGGGUGAUCCUCUUGCAGCUGUGCUUUUUAACAAAGCCCACAGAAGCUGGGGCUUAGUUUUAGCCUGUAUCGGGGCGUCUUGCACUUGGGCAAUUGGAGCCAGGCACGGAGAGAAGGUUUCAGUGAAGCGGCUACAGAGUUCUCAGGAAAUAAAUGCUGCGGACAAUAAAGACCUGAUGGACAGGCAACUGAGGAAGGACAUUGAAGGAUUUUGGCCAGUGAGGAAAAAUGGUUGCUUGUGUUUUCUGAACUGGCAUUAAAUGGACAUUGACACUACUGAGAGAAGUUUUGUACCUAAAGACUUUUUUACGGACAUGAUAUGUUCUAAAGUAGCAUAUAGUAAGACCUACUGAUGGAGAUAUGUUUGUAUAGCAAGAGAAAGUGUUUACUUUUUUCCUGUACCAUUUGUCAAAGGACUUUUGUGUGCCUUUUUUACUAUUGUCUUUAUACUGUAAUAGUUUUUUAUUUAUUGAACACUCUAGUAUGUCUGUGAAAAAAAAAUUUUUUUUAAUCUGAAAGAGCAAAACCUUUUUUUGUAUCUCUGAAAUAGAGAAGUCUUCCAUGUAUUGGGCAAUAGAGAAAUCCAAACAAACUUCGACAAACAAUUUCUGGACAAACUCAUACAAUAGGGGAGCAUGAACGACCAUAUUGGAUGCACACCAACAUGUUUAUGUUUUAAUCCGAGCACAAAUUACAUAUUUAUGCAUGGAAUUCAGAUGCAUUGGCUCAUAAUUCAUGCUUCAUGUUCACUGUAAAUUUUGCUUUCCACUUCACAUGUCAGUGUCAAUGUAUGUCAGACAGUCACUCUGAAAUACACCACCUGUGUUAACUAAGUCCAUCGCUACCUGUCUCUCCUCUUCUUUGAAUUACCAGCCUAUCGGUGCUAGCUGGUUAUUCAUGGCAAACAACAAUUUUGUGUGUAAAAAUCCUGCAUAAGCCGUCCCCUCCAGCAGACGAGCAACAAUACAUGUUGCCGUUUUCUCCACAGGAAUUUGAAAACAAAACUCAGAAAAACUGAUAGGCUGUUGGCUGGAAUUUUUGAUGCAUUGAUGCACUGCAAAAAAUAAAAUCAUAUCAAUCUUAUCACCAAAAUCAAGAAAAAAAAACUUGAAAUAAGCAAAAAUAUCUGCCAGUGGAAUAAGAUAAUUCAAGAUAAUUCUACUCAAUAUUGGACUUAUUGUAGCAAGAUAUUUUCACUUGUUAAGAUUUCAUUUUUUGCAGCGUGUGAACUGGCUUUAAGUCAAGGUCAGGUCCUCUCACUUGCAGCACUCCACCAAAAACAAGACGCCAGCAACUACAAUGAGCAGAAACAGCAGCAGCUGGGCAGCGUAAAAAAACCUCACCAUCUUAUUAUAAAGAGCUGCUUGGAUCUAUAUUUGAAAAAAACAAAACAACAGACAAAUGGUAAUGCAAGAAAGAAAUGAAAGAACGAUGAGUCUAUUUUAAUCCUGGAGGUAUGCUGCAGUCAUAAUAAUCCUGUUAGUCUGAAACAGGCCCAAGACUGUUCCGAUGCAGCACCCCCCUACCCCGGUGCAAUCAGGUGCAGACCAGAUGAUUAAAAUUGCUCCUCACAGCAGCCUGACUGAAAGGCCUGCUCACACCGUCAUCAAUGCCAUUAUUCACAUGGUUUACAAAUCUCCCCGAGCUCCGGAGACACAGCCCCAAAACAAUCAGGUCACUCAUUUCUUCCUCUGUGAAAAAGAGACCGAGAAGAAGAAAAAAAAAUCCCCUCGAGUGCUGCUUCUGCUCACUGACGUCAAUUGAUUUUUUUUUCCAUUUUCAGCUCCGCUUGAAGUUAGUGUAUCAAGUUUCCAGGACAGGAAAUUUCUAGACUCGGCAUAUCGGUUUGCCCUCCGAGACAAAGGGAAGAAAUAUAAACAAAUUAACGGCAUAUACCAAAUUAAAAUGCUUCUCUGUGCCCUUUGUUUCUUAAUGUUGGGGUCGUGAGCGAAAAUGGUUCAACAGCCCCUCCUGUUCGGCGCCGGCUCUUGUGGCCUCCGUGACCUGUUUUCAUGGAUUGGCUCAUUGAGACUAUAAUAACCAAGAUUUCACUGUGGUUUACUGACAUACUCAAAGGUACUUUCAUCUACUCUCUUAUCCACCCUCACUUUAGCAUGCUUCAGUGUGCAGGAUGCACGGGGAGUUGUGUCUCCAUGUGUGUGCGUGUGUGUGUGUGUGUGUGUGUGUGUGUGUGUGUGUGUGUGUGCGCGCGCGAUGUGGUCACGUCUGUGUGUAUGAGUGUGACGUCUUAAUCAUCAGGCCUUACUCCAUCACAUAAACUCGUUUGUCUCUACUGUUUGUCGUUAGAAGCUCAAGUUGGUCCUUUUUGCUGUUUAUAACAGUGUGUAUUUAUUCUAUACUUUAAGCUUGUAAAUAAUGAAUACUGAUUCAGUGUAAAAUCUAUUUUAAUUUAUAUGCACUUGCAUUACCUGGAAGUGGUGGUGUCUAAUGUGUAGAAGACUCUGGAAUGGAGUCUUUUUAUAUCCUGUAUUUUAUAUAUAUAUAUAUAUAUAUAUAUAUAUAUAUAUAUAUAUAUAUAUUUUGAGUGCCCAGCAGAGCAGCAGCUAAUGUUGUUUCUGUCAUAUGAGAACCUUGUAACUGCAAAUAGCAAUUAUCUUUUUUCAUAUAUAUGUAUAUAUAUGUAUUGACAGUACAGUAGGAUUCACUUUAAAGAGAGAUAACGGCCACAGUUUUGCAGAAGAACAACUCCUGACCGACUGAGUUUUUGCAGGGUGCAAGGUUUUCAAAUGACAGCAACAUUGAGGUAACCCAGAGGCAGCAUAGAGGACAUGUUAAAUUGCAUAGGCUUGGAAAUAGGAUACAUACAAGCAAGGUAGGGAGACCAGAAGCUUUGUCAAUGCUUGGUAUCAAAAUACACGCAUAGCUUUUCUCUCUCUGUGACUUGUUGCGGCCUAGGCUUAUACAUGCAGCACUUUGAAUGCAGAUUGCUGAUACACAAGGUUCGGAUACAGGUUCGACUGACAAACACAAAGCGAUUGUCUUCUUUUACACCUCACACACUUAAUGUAAAAGUAGAUAACAUGGGGGAAGUAUUGGUAGCAUGCUACAAUAGACCCCACACUGACGUGAAUCGUACUGACUUAACAACAAAACGUGAACUUAUGUAAUUGUGCAAACGUGUGAACUCUUUCUGACCAAACUUGUUAGCAGUUUUGAAAUUCAAAUUUUGUCAGUAUUAACAUUGUUAAUCUAUGUUCAAGCUUUUUUGGUCCCAGUUGUGUCCAAAUGGUUAGCCACAUUUAGCACUAUCUGCAUGAGAGAUGGGUUUUUUUAAUGUCAAUAAUACCUUAAAGUCUGCCGGUUGUUGCAGGCAGAUUGUUAAAUGUUACACACAAUGUAUGGUAUUAUAUUGUAUAUUGUGUUCAAAAUGAAAUCUGAAAUACUUUUUCUAUGAAAUGAUUAAAAACAAAGCAUGAA